CCGCCACAGGAAGACUCAGCCAAUCGAGGAAAAGCAGCCUCUGCGUGCAGCCAAUGAGCGAGCAGCUUUUGAUUUAAGAGCUGCCGGGUUGGCGGCUGUAAUAGUAACCCUUGUGUGUGAUCCGUGAAAGAGGUUUGAGCCUUGCAGUUUUGACAAAGUGAAGCAUGGCAACUGUGAUUUUCAUUGACCAAGAGAAUGGAGGUGUUGCUUCUACUAUCCUGUCCAAGGAUCGCCUAAAAUCUACAAUCCCUGGAAAAACCCUUUUGAAAAGCCGUCCAGGGAAAGUGUUUGACAGCUCUGUAACUGUGGUGAAGCCAAGAAAAGCUCUGGGAAAUGUCAACACGCAGGUUGUCAACACAGCAGUUCCACAGAAGAAAGGAGCACUUGGAGUGAAGAAUUCUGCACCAGUUACUAAGCAGGCUUCUGAAGCGUGCAUCAAGCCUAGCAAACGUAACUACCCUGAGAUUGAAAAGUGUGUUCCUUAUGAUCCUGCAGAUUUUGAAACCUUUGAUGUCCCAGAAGAGCACAAACUGAGCCAUUUCUACCUUGGUGGAGCCCCCCUGUUUGUGCAUGAAAAGGAAGCUUCAAACUUUGAUGCCUUGACACAGGAGCCAGCACCAAUGGAUGUUCCAGUCUUUAGCUGGGAGUCAGAUAUUUCAAGCAUACUACCAUCUUUCCUGGCAACCUUUGAUAUCGCACUGGAUUUACCUCAGAUUUCUGAAGCCUGUAUCAAGCCAAGCAAACAAGGCUACCCUGAGAUUGAGAAGUGUUUGCCUUACCAUCCUGAAGAGUUUGAAACAUUUGAUGUUCCUGAAGAGUGCAAACUGAGCCAUCUCUACCUUGCUGGAGUUCCCCUUUUUGUGUAUGAAAAUGGGUUUGCAUUAUCAACCAAGGAACCAAUUCCAAUGGACAUCCCAAUCUUUAGCUGGGAAUCAGAUAUAUCAAGUACAUGCCCAUCUUUCCUGGCAACUCUAGAUGAGGUCACACUUGAUAUGCCCAAGAUGGAGAACUGUUAGCAUUGUUUUAACCUUUUUUGUGACUAACUUGUAUGU